CCUCUUUGGAUAGGGUAUACGUAGAAUUUCAAACCAGAAGCCCAAGGUAUUAGCAAAAUGUCCGUCAACCCGCGCGGUUUCCUUCGCUCAUUUUUCCCCCCUCUAAAAAUCAGGCACUCGGGAAGUCAGCUAUUCCCCUCCCAAAUGCACCUGCUUCAGGUGAGCAGCAGUAGCAGCACUAGCUGCUGCCGCAAUAGCCUCCGUCUUGCCCAGGCGAAGGGUUUCGGUGGGGAUAUGACCGUGUUCCUUUUCUCGCGUGGGUGAGCGCGUGGCUUUUAAGUCAAGAGGAGCUUUUCCAGCCAGGGACGCCCGGCAGAAUGAACAAUCCCAUACCUUCCAAUUUGAAAUCGGAAGCCAAAAAGGCAGCUAAGAUUUUAAGAGAAUUUACUGAAAUAACCUCCAGAAAUGGUCCCGACAAGCUCAUACCUGCCCAUGUAAUUGCCAAAGCAAGAGGCCUUGCAAUCUUGUCCGUUAUCAAAGCAGGAUUUUUGGUAACAGCUCGAGGAGGCAGUGGGAUAGUACUAGCUCGCCUGCCUAAUGGAGGCUGGUCUGCUCCUUCUGCCAUAGGAAUUGCUGGCCUUGGUGGUGGAUUUGAAAUAGGUAUUGAGAUAUCAGAUCUUGUAAUAAUAUUGAACCAUGAAAGAGCAGUUGAAGCUUUUGCAAAAGGUGGAAAUCUUACUCUGGGAGGAAAUUUCACGGUGGCAAUUGGACCUUUAGGGAGAAAUCUAGAAGGGGAUGUGGCACUGCGGAGCUCUGCUGCUGUGUAUACGUAUUGCAAAUCUCGAGGCCUAUUUGCUGGAGUCUCUUUGGAAGGAACUUGCUUAAUUGAAAGAAAAGAAACCAACAGCAAGUUCUAUGGCCGAGAUAUUCGUGCCAGUGCCAUUUUGUUUGGUGAUAUUUCUCCUCCACUUCAGGCACAAGAUCUUUAUGAUAUCCUUGAAUCUUUUACUCUUCAAUAUGAAGUUGAGGAAGGAAGAAGCUACAGUAGUGCACCAGUGGCCAAAGAACCAAGAAAGAAUUAUGUAAAGCAACAGCCAAGUAGGACACCACAAAACAUUCCACCAGAAGCUCCAAGAACAUCGAACAGACUUUAUCCUGAGCUUCCCAAGAACUCCACUGCAAUAGAAAACUCCAAGUUCAAUCCUACAAUUGUGACAGCCAUAUAUCCCUUUCAAGGACAGCAGCCAGGAGAUUUGACUUUUAAUGCUGGAGACAAAAUCAAGGUCACAACAAAAACGGAUUCCCAAUUUGAUUGGUGGGAAGGAAGUUUACACGGCAGGACUGGCAUUUUUCCUGCUAAUUAUGUAACACUGAACUAAAGUAUUUACUUAAAAAUGGCCUUAUACUUUUGAUUGGUAACCUUUUCUUAAAUAAACAUAAGACUGAUCAUUUUAUAUUUUUUUGAUUCAGUUGAAUGUGGGCUCCUGUAGGAAAGAUCCAUUAAAGCACUCUUUUCAUGGUCUUAACUUCCACUACAGCCCUAUAUUUUACAGAAAGGAGAUUGUAGAGUCACAUACCAUAUGUCUCCUGUAGUCAGUUUUUCAUUCUAAAGCUAGAUAUUAUGUUGGAGAGGGAUAUGGAAACACUGUUGGAUUCCUGGAAUUCCCCUAUUCUGUUUCAUGCUGCUAUUGGCAGAGGAAAUAAGGCUGCUACUGAGAUCCAUUAGGGCUCUUCAAUUUAUGUGGAUCAGGCUUGUUUUACGGGAUCACUCUACCAUAUUUUUCAAGCUUUUUUUGAAAAUAAAUUCAAAAAUAAUAUUUUUCAUAAAUUUUAAUAUCUUUCUAUAAUGAACAACGCAUAGAACUAAUUGGAAUAAACUGCAUGACAGGUGCUGCAUUUAAUAUAUUGUGUGUUUAAUAUGGUCUCAUUACUAAUUCAAAAUACAACCUUAAAUUAUUUUUGCCAAGAGUCUUCUGUAUUUUUUCUGAACAAAAGAAUGUUUUCAUAUUAUGUACUGUGUUUAAGCAUGUAAACGUUAUUCCUUUGGAUUUGGUUUAAAUUGCUGUUUGUAUUUCUUAUAUCUAAGCUAAUAAAUCAUGAUGAGUAAAAGAAGAAUCAAACCAU